AUGCGUUCUUUGGCUGGUGGGACCAGAUGCUGGGAUGUGGGGGGCGAGCGGGCAAGCCAGGUCCCGAGUGAAUGAAUUACUGGGAUAGAAUAACCCACGCAAGACUCGGUUUCCUUUUGUGCGUGCAGAGUGUGACUAUUACGAAUACUUGCUGCAGUUUUCUUCCUUUUUCUUUUUUAAAGCUGCAACUACUACUUCUUGCGCAGGGAAUACCUUGUGAGGGUCGCAGGGAGCUCACCCUCGCUGGGGGCCUUUGGAUUGGUCCCUAAGGUUCUGUGUUUGGAGCCACCAAGCCUCCAGCCACUCACACACGCGAGAUCCCAGUUCUGAAUUUGGUACUCUGUCAUGGGUUUUGCGUAAUGACACAGUAUCCUGAAACCAUGGAAGACUGUGUGCUCGCCGAAAGUCUGGGACAAAUUUAAGGAGAGAGCUUUCCCUCCUCCACUCAGAGCAGAAAAUGAACAAAUCCCAGAACGUUUUAUUUCAGGAGCAAGUGUCAUUCAAGGAUGUAUGCGUGGAUUUCACCAAGGAAGAGUGGUAUUUGCUGGACCCCGCCCAGAAGGUGCUUUACAGAGAUGUGAUCCUGGAGAAUUAUAGCAACUUUGUCUCAGUAGGGCAUUGUGUUACUAAGCCAGAUGUUAUCUUCAAGAUAGAGCAAGGAGAAGAUCCCUGGAUACCAGAAAAUGGAUUCCAGUGUUACCCAGAAAGGAAAUGGAAAGUGGAUGACCUCUUAGAGAGCAAGCGGGAAAAUCAAGAUGGGCGUUUUUGGCCACUCAUGCUCACCAACAAGAACACAGAUCUAGGGAGUGGCGGUAACACAAGAAAAACGUCCAGUGCAGACAUUGACUCUGUUUCUGCAAGAAGUUUUCUGCUCAAAGUAUGUGACUCGUGUGAAAUGAAUUUAAAGAAUCUUUCAGCGGUAAUUAUUAGCAAGAAGAGCUAUUCCAGAAAGAAGCUUACUGAGUUUGAUAUAUAUAAGCAAGCACUCCCUGAUAGUAGGCCUGAGAAAAUUCCUGUAGGAACAGCAUCAUGUGAAUAUGAUGGGGAAAGGGAGGCCCUCGACCUUUGCCGGAGUCUCACUCGGCCAAUUUCUGGCCAGCCUUUUGAGUAUAGUGAAGCAGGACAAGCCUUCCGUGAGGGAGUGGCCCUUGGUACAAGUCAGAACUCUCAGCUAGGGGAGACUCUCCGUAAGCACACUGAAUGUGGAAGAACUUUCGUUGACAGUUUGAAGCUCAGUGUAUCUCAGAAAACUCAUUUGCAUGCGGAGCCUCAUGAAUGUAGUAUUUGUAGAAAGUCCUUCUGUGUGGAUUUACAGUUUGGGCAUCCGAGAGCUCUCUCAGGAAACAGUCCGUAUGAGCGAAGUGAAUAUGAGAAGCUCUUCUGUGACCAUUCAGCUUUCAUUGUUCAUCAGGAAGCUUACACAAGAAAGAUCUCCCAGGAGUAUAAAGUGAGUAACAGAACUUGGGGAAAGCCAGCUCUCUUUAAACAUCAGAUAAUACAGAUGGGGGGGAAACCCUAUGAAUACCAUGCGAAUAGGAAAAAUUUCAGCAAAAAAUCACAUCCCACUCAGUCCCGAAGAGCUCACGUGGGAGAAAAAACAUUUGAAUGUGGUGAAUGUGGUAAAAUGUUUUGGGAGAAAUCGAACCUUACCCAACAUCAGAGAACACACACAGGAGAGAAACCCUAUGCAUGUACGGAAUGUGGGAAAGCCUUCUGCCAGAAGCCACACCUUACCAACCAUCAGCGGACACAUACGGGAGAGAAACCCUAUGAGUGCAAGCAGUGCGGGAAAACGUUCUGUGUCAAGUCAAACCUUACUGAACAUCAAAGAACACACACUGGGGAGAAACCCUAUGAAUGCAAUGCAUGUAGGAAAUCCUUUUGCCACCGGUCAGCCCUAACCGUCCAUCAGAGAACACAUACAGGAGAGAAACCAUUUAUAUGCAAUGAGUGUGGGAAGUCAUUUUGUGUGAAGUCAAACCUGAUUGUACAUCAGAGAACUCACACGGGGGAGAAACCCUAUAAGUGCAAUGAGUGUGAGAAAACCUUCUGUGAAAAGUCAGCUCUUACUAAACACCAGAGAACUCACACUGGCGAGAAACCCUACGAGUGUAACGUGUGUGGAAAGACCUUCAGUCAGAGGUCAGUACUCACCAAGCAUCAGAGAAUCCACACGAGGGUAAAAGCUCUUUUAGCAUCCUGAAUGUUUAGCUUUUGCAUGCCCGUCAAGUCAGUUGUACCAUUUUAAAUAUGAGCUUAGAGCCUGCCAAAGAAUACCACAGAGUAUUAACAAAUACCACUUUGUUGGAAUGCAUGAAAGCUUUCAAGAAAUUAAGAACUUUCAUUUGAUUGUAUUGAAGGGAAAUUAUUCAUAUAAAUAAUAUGGUUAAAAAAAACCUUAGAAAUUAAAUCGUGUAAUGUCUUCCAAAUGUGUUUCAGAAUUGUAUUUAAAUAUAAUGACUAAUAUUAAUUUUACUUGUAUUCAUAGGAAAGUAUGAAACUUAAAAAUGAGGGCCUACAGCAUUAACCAUACAUGUAAAGAACACCCUGUGUUUAUAGACCCUUUGUGAGUAUGUUAAUGUAACAGAAGUCCAGGGAACCCUUGAUUUAUGUGUUGGAACCCAGAAAGAAUGUGAGGAAGAAAUAUGAACCCUUAGUUUAAUAACCGUAUGGUAUACUUUUCAUCCUAAAUACCACCAGCGUCUUUAUAGGUUGAUAGGACUGUGUGUUUCUGGACAUGUCUGUGAAUGUGAUCUAGAUGUAUGUGUGUGUAAACACACUUGCAUGCAUGUAGCUGCACACAGUGGUGCUGUCAUAAAGGCAGCUCACACCACUUUAAAGUGCU